GCCAAUGAGCGGCACUGUUGCUGGCAGGUGCGGCGUGUUUUUGUUUUGGGUAGAAGAAUUAGUUGUAGUUGAGGAAGGCCAAGAUUCCUUAUUUUUUUUUCUCGCCUUUUCGGAGCCGCGCCUGCCGGGAAGGGACCCUCGCUGACCAGCAGCCUCACGCGCACCGAGAGCCUGUCCCCGCCGCUUGCCUCGGGAGGGAGGGACGGGUGGUGGUGGUGGUGGAAAGGAAUACGGCUCCUCCUCUCUCGCCAUCCCCCUCCCGCGGCGAAGAGGGAGGACGACGGCCAAGCAAGCGACCGAAGCCGCCGCGCCAAGGAGGUGGGGGGCCAGGUCUGGCUCGGCCUGGCCCGGCUUGGCUUGGUCUCGCCCGAGCUGACGCCCGCCGUGCCUCAGCCAUGAGGAGGGAAAUGAACGGGGUCACUAAGGGCCGGUUUGAGAUGUUCUCAAACAAUGAUGAGGCUGUGAUCAACAAAAAGCUUCCCAAAGAGUUGCUUCUUCGAAUAUUCUCCUUUCUGGAUGUGGUCACUCUAUGCCGCUGUGCGCAGGUCUCCAGGGCAUGGAAUGUCCUAGCUUUGGAUGGUAGCAAUUGGCAACGCAUUGACCUGUUUGAUUUCCAAAGGGAUAUUGAGGGGCGUGUAGUAGAGAAUAUUUCUAAAAGAUGUGGAGGAUUCCUUCGAAAGCUGAGUCUACGUGGAUGCCUAGGUGUGGGAGACAACGCAUUGAGGACUUUUGCACAAAACUGCAGAAAUAUUGAAGUGUUGAAUCUAAAUGGCUGCACCAAGAUUACAGAUGCUACAUGUACUAGCCUUAGUAAAUUUUGCUCAAAGUUACGGCAUCUUGAUCUAGCUUCCUGCACAUCAAUAACCAACCUGUCAUUGAAAGCACUGAGUGAGGGGUGCCCUCUACUAGAGCAACUCAAUAUCUCGUGGUGUGACCAAGUGACAAAAGAUGGCAUCCAAAAUUUGGUGAGAGGCUGUGGUGGACUCAAAGCUCUGUUUCUUAAAGGCUGUACACAGCUGGAAGAUGAAGCUCUUAAAUACAUUGGUGCAAACUGUCCCGAAUUAGUGACUCUGAAUUUGCAAACAUGCUUGCAAAUAACAGAUGACGGCCUCAUUACAAUAUGUAGAGGAUGCCACAAGUUGCAAUCUCUAUGUGCUUCUGGCUGUUCCAAUAUCACUGAUGCCAUCUUGAAUGCGUUAGGACAAAAUUGUCCAAAACUUAGGAUAUUGGAGGUAGCUCGUUGUUCCCAGCUUACAGAUGUGGGCUUUACAACUCUGGCUCGGAAUUGUCACGAACUUGAAAAAAUGGACUUGGAGGAAUGUGUUCAGAUAACAGACAGCACAUUAAUCCAGCUUUCCAUACACUGUCCACUGCUCCAAGUUUUGAGUUUAUCACACUGUGAGCUUAUCACCGAUGAUGGUAUUCGCCAUUUAGGCAAUGGUGCCUGUGCCCAUGAUCGCUUAGAGGUGAUUGAGCUGGAUAACUGCCCCUUGAUCACAGAUGCCUCCUUGGAACACCUCAAGAGUUGCCACAGCCUGGAAAGGAUAGAACUGUAUGACUGCCAACAGAUUACCCGAGCUGGAAUUAAGAGACUCAGGACCCACUUACCCAAUAUAAAAGUCCACGCCUACUUUGCACCUGUAACUCCACCACCAUCUGUGGGGGGCAGCAGACAGCGUUUCUGCAGAUGUUGCAUCAUCCUAUGACGUGAGAGCCAGUCUACCUUGUGAAAAACAAACUGAGUAUUUAAAUUACCCUUCUAGAAGUUACAGUGGACACCAGUAUCUCUGCCAACAAAAUGAUGCCAGUGCUCCUUCAUCAGGGCCUUUGGAAAACAAAGCAGGGGAAGCUGGUGCAAAACAUUGUUCCCCUUUUUUACCCUAUGUAAAAAUACACACACACACACACACACACACACACACACACACACACACUAGUAUAUACAUACUUACUUAUUCCAAUAGACUGAAGGUCUCUGCAACUGAGGACCUAAAUCUAUGGGAACUUUCCCCUCUCCCCCCAUCCUAUUGCCCCGUGGGUGGAUUGCUAUAAUUGUAAACCAUUCCUACAGAGCCUGCUCAGAAGAAAUCAUGGGGUGGCGGGUGGGAGAAAAGAGUUAUUGGUUGAAUCACUUCGCACAUCAGAAGAACUGUUGUUGCUUCCAAGAGAGGGAAAAGUUGUUCUUUUGACACUGAAAGCAGCAAAAAAAAAAAAAAAAUGAUGUUGGGAUUGAAAGAGAGGUUUAUAACUGAGGAGGAACAAACAUGAGCACUGAACCUUGAAGAUACUGUUCAGGUGGGAGGAAAAUGUACAAAGCAAAAAGAAAACACAAUGCCCUUGGGUAUAUUUUUUAUUUAAAAAGAAAAUCAUAUGUGUGUUAAGGAAUGUUAAAACAGCAGCCAUUGUGAGAUGUAGAUUCCUGCGCUUCUGUACUUCCUUGUUUUCUGUGCCGGCACAUACACUGAGCAUGCUCAUCUUGGAGGUUCAGCAGUUUCUCUUCUUUUAUAAUAUUUGGCUCAGAGGCUUCCUAGAUUGUUGUGAUGAUAAAGCUAGAAAUCUGUAAUGUCAGGCCUGAUAUCUUUUUCCCCCCAAUCUCCUCAGUAUCUUUUUUUAUAUAUAAACUAGAUGUCUAAUUCUGAAACUGUAUGAAAUGACUGAACAUAUAAUACACAUGCCAAGUUAAUAUUUCUUUUCAAAAGGCAUCUUUAUAUCACUAGGAGAUAAAGCUUUGAAAACAUAGCUGUGAAAUGGGUUGAAGUUAUAAAAGCAAAACUCUUUUGUAAAGGUUAUUCUACAUUUUUUUUAAACAAGUAAUGCAAUCUGGGGAGAAGAGAGAAGUUCUGUCUAUUAUAAUGUAUUACUUCCAAAGAAAUGGGUGCCUCAUAAAUCAGAAAUGGUAUACAAACAUAGAUUAUUCUAAUUUCAGUGACAAAUGCCCUUUUCCAUUAUUAGAUGAACUUGGAAAAUUCCUUUUCAGAUACCUGGACAUUUAUGGAAACUACAUCAGAUGUUUUCAUUUUAUUUAGAAGUAAGUAGAACUCAUGAUGGAAAAAUUCAGGUCCAUCCAGUUCAACACUGAAGGAUUAUAUUUACUGAACUUGGUUUGAUUUGCUCAAAGCUGCUGUUUCAAAAAAACACUGGAAUCAUCUUAUGAUGCUUUUUCGGAAGCCAUUUUUGGUAUCAGACAUGGUUUAAAAGGGCUGUGGGGAUGAUACAGCAACAUUCCAACCUUCUCUUCACAAAUAAUGCAAAAGAAGCCCCAAAACACAUGCCAAAGGUCACCAAACACUUUCCCUGAUAUCCAAUAUCCUGCUUUUAUGAAUACUUCUUGUUAGUGAAUGUUUAUCAUUUGCUUUUGCCAUUCAAACUACUAGAUGUGUUGCUUUUUUUCCUUCUGUGCCAGUAUUUGACACAGUAUGGUUUACAUUACAGGGUUUUUUCUCUCUCGCAGGACAGUUAGGUCCAAAAUUUAACCUGGAAUUUAGACCUUUCCCAAUGAGGCUCUUUGGUUGUUUGGAUUGCAAACUUCCAUUAUAAUCACACUCCUCUCAGCCUUCAGAUUUGAAGAUUGUUUUUCAAACAAUCAUGGUGUUUAAAGUAUCAUCUCAAUACAUUCCGUUGAUACAGGAAAUUGAAAACUACCAUAAAAAUGGCAAUAUUUCAGAAUGUUCAGUUGAAAAAAAGAUCAGUGAGGCAGAAAGACAAGCAAGGCAGGAGACAUUAAGUAUUGCCUACAUCAUGAAAGUUACAGAUUUUAAAGGGAUCUUCACCCACUUCUUGAAGCAAAAGCGCAGCACAGAUUGCAGAGUCCCAUCCAGACAAGUUCCCACAAUUUACAUUAAUUUAUUUUUCUCUUGCCAAGCUUAUAGAUGUUAAAAUAAACUUUCUUAAUUAUACCUUAAUUAUACUAGAAAGACUAAGAUGGGGUAGAAUUCCAUUGUUUUAUUAAAUUGUUUUGUGACAGGUUCUUUCAUUUUUCUUAAUCAGCAGCAUUUAUUUUGAGAUCAGAAAAUGUUUUCCCUUUGCUCCAUAUGAAAUAUUUGAAUUUGUGCUGUGAACUCAAUAUUCACAAUUUCUUUUGCACAGAUACUUGCUUUCUUACACAAACAUUUACAAUGAAUUUUCUCAACUCACCAAUAUAUAGUUUUUAAAGGGCUUUAAAACAAUUUGGACUGUUCCAAAAUAUUUUUAAAAAUAUAUUUUUUGAAAUGUCAUUUUUCUCUUCUCUACAAUCUCUUCUAAUUUAUAGUUUUAAGAAACGAUCAUCUGGUUCCAGUAGAGAAAUAUUAUAAGUGAUUAUCAACUCCAGUGUAUACUAUUGAUCUACUAUUACAGUGUAAAUUCACUCUUUUUGAAUCCCAAACACCAUGACGAUGAUUAUUAUCUAGAACAAAUUAGAAACUUGUGUGUGUUAUCACCUUGUCAAUGGUUAGCAAAGCUUUGAAGAUAACCCCAGAGUGUUUUGGAUUUUUUGUUUAUGAAUGAACAUGUGGGGAUAAAUGUCAGGUGUUAUUCAUGUGCAAAGCCCCCUUGAGAUGAAUGAAAAUAUUUGCUGCAUUACAUAUUGUGUAUUUUCAGUUUAAAUGGUUCUCUUAAAUGUUCCAUUCUAUCUAACAGUAAUAUAGGGCUACUUGUUCAGGGCAAGAUAGAAAUAGCUCUACUUAUGUCACAUCUGGGGUUGAAGGAAAGACUUUGGGCAAAUUGAUAGGUUAAUUUCUAGGUUUUUUUCUGUGGAUUUUUAAGAUCCAGCAUCAUAACAUGCAUUUUACUUGCAUUCAUGACAAUAAAGAUUUGCCAUGAUUGCCAAUAA